AUGUCCGAAGAAAAAUGCUGCGGAUGCAUCUCGACGGAGAGUGGCCAAGACUACGACACAACCAUGCACGUUGGCGCCAUCUUCAUCGUCUUCGCGGUGUCCUGGGCUGGGUCACUGCUCCCAGUGCUGACGCAGAAGGUCCGAUGGAGCACGGACUCCAUUCUCAUGGACGGGAUCAGUGCGUUCGCGUUCGGUGUCGUCCUCGCGACGGGAUUAAUCCACAUGGCGAACGAAGGUAUCGAGAAGUUGAGCGACGAGUGUCUUGGCCCCAUUGUGGUGGAGUACGGAUGCUUGGGCCUAGCGGUUAUCCUCAUCACUAUGAUCCUCAUGCACUUCAUCGAGUGUGAGAGCUCCGUCUUCUUCGGCAGCGAAGGGUCAGCAUUCCACGGACACGGACACGCCCAUGAAGAGGAAGCUCUUGACAUCGCCGAGUUGGGCGUCAGUACUCGCAAGGGCAGCCUAGUCACACCUCACCUCGCUGAUAAUCCGUACCAGAUCAAGACCACUGAGAAGAUCGAGACCACGAGCAACCGACGCCCCAGAAUCGCCACGCUCAUCUUCGAAGUCGGAGUCAUGUUCCACUCGCUGGUCAUUGGCUUGGACCUCGGCGUGUCCACAGGUGAAGAGUUCAACACCCUGUUGACAGCUCUGUGCUUCCACCAGUUCUUCGAGGGAGUCGCUAUUGGCAACGCUGCCAUUGGAUCGACCGAGAGUCGUAGCAAGCUCAUGCUGCUCAACCUCGCGUUUGCAGUUACCACCCCGAUUGGCCAGGCCUUUGGUAUCGCCAUCCACAGCUCGUACUCCGGUUCCUCGGCGACAUCGCUGUGGGUGCAGGGCAUUUUUGACUGCGUGGCCGCCGGUAUCCUGCUCUACACGGGCUUGGUUGAGUUGCUGACGUACAACAUGACCAAGAACCAGAAGUUCCUGUCGCGAAGUGCACCACAGAGAUACACGCUCUACGCAUGCCUCUGGUCAGGGGCUGCUCUCAUGGCGCUCAUCGGUAAGUGGGCAUGA